GUCUCAACUUGCAGGUGGUAGAACCAUUAUACUAUCUAUGCAUUCUUCAAUUUACCCAUUUGUUUUCAUUUCCUUUGCUGAAAUUGUUCUACACAAAGUUCCAAUCUUUAUCACUUUUGCAUCACACCCACAAACAGGAUCUUGAGAAAAAAUGUCAGAACCUGAAGAAGAAAAUCAAGACUUUCCUCCCAAGACAAAAACAUCAUUAGAAGAACAUGGUUGUUCUAUGGAUUUUGACCUAGAUUUAGAAACAUCAUGGCCUUUGGAUCACAUGUCCUUUAUCACCAAUCCCAUGUCACCUUUUUUAUUUUCAAACAUCUCUGAUCAACCUUCUUCUCCUCUUUGGACUUUUACUGAUGGAGAAGAUGGCAAACUUGCAGCUUCAGCUUUAUCUGAUUGCCACAAGAUCUUCUCUUGUGAUUCAAAUUCAAUAACUGAGAAGCUGGUGGAGAAAGACGACAACAAAACACUUUUGCCACCUCUUUUGCCACCAAUAGAGAAUUUGGAUGGAUAUUGUGUAAUCAAGGAAAAGAUGACACAAGCGCUUCGUUACUUUAAAGAGUGGACUGAACUGAAUGUUCUGGCUCAGGUUUGGGCACCUGUGAGGAAUGGUAAUCGGUAUGUACUUACAACUUCAGGUCAACCCUUUGUCCUUGAUCCGCAUAGUAAUGGACUCAAUCAGUAUAGAACGGUCUCCCUGAUGUACAUGUUUUCUGUGGAUGGAGAGAACGAUGGAACUCUAGGACUUCCUGGUCGAGUUUUUCAGCAGAAACUACCAGAAUGGUCUCCCAAUGUUCUGUACUAUUCUAAUAAAGAGUAUCCCCGCCGAGAUCAUGCUCAACAUUACAACGUUCGUGGAACCUUGGCUUUGCCUGUAUUUGAACCUUCGUUGCAGUCGUGUAUCGGUGUGAUAGAGUUGAUCAUGACUUCACUAAAGAUUAACUAUGCUCCUGAGGUUGAAAAAAUCUGCAAAGCCCUAGAGGCAGUAAAUUUGAGGAGCUCAGAGUUUUUGGACCAUCCAUUCACUCAGAUUUGCAAUGAAGGGCGUCAAAAUGCAUUAUCGGAGAUCUUAGAGAUAUUGACAGUGGUGUGUGAAACUCAUAAUCUACCUCUAGCCCAAACAUGGGUUCCCUGUAGGCAUAGGAGUGUUUUGGCUCAUGGUGGCGGUUUCAAGAAAAGUUGUUCGAGUUUUGAUGGUAGUUGCAUGGGGCAAGUAUGCAUGUCGACAACUGAGGCAGCAGCCUAUAUUGUAGAUGCUCAUUUAUGGGGCUUCAGAGAGGCAUGUGUCGAGCAUCACUUACAACAAGGUCAAGGUGUUGCGGGUAGGGCGUUUUUGUCUCAAACCAUGAGCUUCUGCACAAACAUUACCCAGUUCUGCAAGACAGAUUACCCUUUGGUUCAUUAUGCUCUCAUGUUUGGGUUAACAAGCUGUUUUGCAAUCUGUUUGCGGAGUUUUCAUACAGGAAAUGACGAUUAUGUAUUAGAGUUUUUUCUGCCUCCUGGGAUCACUGAAUUUCAUGAACAGAAGACGCUGUUGGGAUCCAUAUUUUCAACAAUGAAACAGCAUUUUCAGAGUCUUAACAUUGCUGCUGGUGUUGAACUCGAGGAAAAUGGUUCAAUUGAAAUUAUUGAAGCAACUGAUGAAGGCAUUCGUCUUAGAACCGAAUCUAUUCCUAUUGCUCAAUCUAUUAAAUCACCACCUAGACCCGAUGCCUCACCAAAUAUGGAGGACGAAGAGGAGGGAGUACCACAGGAUCCAUCAGAGGUUCGUGGUGAAAAUGUAGGUGGAAGUGUUGAUCCGAUGUCUACCUUAGGGAAUAAAAACAUAAAGAAACCCUCAGAGAGGAAACGUGGAAAAACUGAGAAAUCAAUUAGUCUUGAAGUUCUACAACGUUAUUUUGCUGGGAGUCUUAAAGAUGCUGCAAAGAGCCUUGGUGUUUGCCCUACUACAAUGAAGCGUAUCUGCAGGCAGCAUGGGAUAUCUCGUUGGCCAUCUCGAAAGAUCAACAAGGUUAACCGUUCCCUAUCCAAGCUCAAACGUGUUAUUGAAUCUGUCCAAGGCGCUGAAGGAGCGUUUGAUUUGAAUUCUCUUGGUAAUAAUCAACUUCCAAUUGUUAGUUCAUUUCCUGAGCCUUCUACUCUGAAUAAGUCCAGCCAGCAAGGCUCGUUAAGCAAUAGGCCGUCAGAGCCUCAGAUGAAAGAGAAUGAAUUUGAUGCCUCUAAAGUAUCAGAAACAAACUUACAGAUUGUAAUGGAAAAUCAAUUGCUAGGAGGAAGGAAACAUAGUCUUGAGAAAGAAGUGAUUAAUGGUAAAGGCGUGACUAUUCAGGAAAUUGGAAAGGACCGAAAAAGGAAUAGAACUAGGAGUGGCUCGAGCGAAGAUAGCACAAACCCUACUUCUCAUGGUUCAUGCCACGGUAGUCCCCCAAUUGAAAUUCCAACCAUAAAAGAUCUGUUCAUUCCAUCCAACAAUGAACAACAUGUUGUGUUGAGGAGAUCGCCAGAGCCAGGAAUGCAGCCGACUAAUGCUUUAAACUCUCCAACUGCUCACCGUAUGGUGGACAAUGUGAUAGCAGAACUUCAAGAGCCAUUUGGAGGAUUGCUAAUAGAGGACGCUGGAAGUUCGAAAGACUUGAGAAAUUUGUGUCCUUCAGUAGCUGAGGCCAUUUUGGAGGAUAUGGCUCCAGAAGCUUGUGGUAACAACUUUCCAGGUUCAUCACAUCUGGCUCCUCCUAAACAAUGCAUAGAUACUAUCAAUAAUUCAGCGACGCCUUUUGCAGCUAGAAAAGAAAUGAAGACUGUAACUAUUAAGGCAACAUAUAGAGAAGAUAUCAUAAGGUUUAGGGUCUCUUUGAACUGUGGCAUUGUGGAAUUGAAAGAAGAAGUUUCCAAAAGAUUGAAACUUGAGGUUGGCACAUUUGAUAUCAAGUACAUGGACGAUGAUAAUGAAUGGGUUUUGAUAGCAUGUGAUGCAGACCUUCAGGAGUGCAUGUAUCUUUCAAGAUCAUCCGGAGGAAGCAACAUAAUCCGGGUUUUAGUGCAUGACAUAACAUCGAAUCUUGGAAGCUCCUGUGAGAGUUCAGGGGAGUGACAAGUGUCCGUACAUAGUUAAGUUUGUUAUCUAUUGUUUAGGUUCUUGUAAUCUUUAGGAAGAUAGGUAAAAACAUUAUUAAUUUUGGUUAAGAUUUGCUCAAAUUGUAAAAAGUUUGAGAUUAGAUUUAAGAAUAAUUCAUAUGAUAAAAUAGUUUGGAUUUUUUGAUGACACAUAACGUGGUCAAGUUUAAAAAUCAUGUUGAUAUUGAAAUUUAGAAUUGUUCAGUCCAUAUGUUGGAUGAAAUCCAAAUCUUAUGGCGUGUUA